CAACUAUGGAGCAGCCAAGCUGUGGCAAUGCAAGCAGCAGUCCGCCGCGCCCUUUUCGGUCCAGAGUCCUCGAAGAACUCACUCGGAGCAACGACCUGAGCAACGCCUUGACCCCACAUAUGUGUUUUCAAGUGCUCAAGGCAUUGCUGCCGUCAACUCUGGUGGCCACAAUGGUCGACGAAAUGAACCAGUUUAUCUACAAAUGUCCCCACGACGACAACAAUCGCAGCAACUCGGGCGUACAUCUUGCACACAAAGAUUUAUAUGUAGGGCUUCUCGCGCACGUAGAAGACAAAAAGCAGCAACUGGUGGACCUGCGCCAGAAACUUGCUGCGAAACAGCACCAAAACGUCGAGCUGGCCGUCGAAAUUGCAAUGUACCAGGACAAGCUGGAGCAGCACUAUGCCACGUUUGACGAACAAGCGGCCUUGAAUGCCAUCGCGACGCUCAAACAUCGCAGAGUUCUUCGCGAACGGCAGUGCACUGGCUUGAUGAAGACCAUUGAUGAAAAGCAGGAUCGCCUCUUGGAGCAGGAAAAAGCCAUCAAAGCCGAGCUCGACCGCCUGCGUAUGGAUGACUGUGCGUACCGGCUGAAUGCCAAGAAACUCAAGGAAAACCAGCAAUUGCUAGAGUCGAUGAAUACCCAGAAACGCCCAGAUAUGAACGCGCCUACCGAAACCGACCUGAAAUGUCAAAUCAAAGCACUGCAAGCCGAUAUUGCAUCGAAACACCCCAAGCUCCACGACCUGUCAACGCAGAUCUUUGCGGUUCGGUUUACUCGCGCAGGACUCGAAAGCCAGUUGCAGGCCGUGGAAGGCAAAUGUGAAGAGAUCCAAGCCAAGGUGACGGCAUACCAGCGGAGCCACACGCCAAGACCCAACUGGGAUGCGUUACGGGGUGAUGUCGAGUACACGUUCCAAUGUCAUAACCUCGCGGGAGACGCCAACAUCUCGACCGCGGCGCUCAUGAAGAUGCAAUCGAGUGCGCAUCGAGUGGAGUAUCUGGCCGCGGCGAUUGAGCUCAUCGGACUGUCGCAAGACACAGAUGCCAUCGAUCGAGAGAAACGAGUGCUGCAUCAUCUCCAAGUCCAAAUUCGGAAGAUCACAGGUCUCAUUUCCACUCGAAGGCAAAGCAUGAAUGUGUCCACCCAACUCUUGGCCAAGAUGAGCGCGAGUACAAGGAAUGGUGGAAGUACCGCCGCGGAGGGAAGUAGUAGUGCUGUUGAUGCUAAGAAACAACAUACGUCAUAAUACGUGUUACUGCUUGGAGAGAUGCAGCACGUGUACAAUGGACUCGUCUCGACACAUGAAUCGCCGCUCCUGCGCGAGUUUAUCCAGUUCCGCCUUGAUCUCCGUGAUCUCCGCGAGGUUGUCUUGGACGCACUGAAACAUUGCUGCCUUCUUCAUCCCAGGUUUCUUUGCCGCUGCCUUAUGCUUCUUCCCGCCUGCAUUAGUAUCCUCGUGUCGCGCAGCGCCUUUUGCC